ACAUAUUGGGAGAGAGAGACAAACAGAAGGUUUUCAAAGGAGAGAGAGAAAGCUUCGUAUAUCUCUUGUUCUGGUCUAAAGCCAGCAGUCAUCGAUCCUCUUUCAUCCCACUUCAAACUGACAGACACACGCACUGUACGACUGCAGACGGUGGUGGCGGCGGUGAACGACAGUGUUAGAUCUGAUAACAAGUAUGGGUAGCAGAGGCGGCGGAGGGAGUAAUGGGGGAGGAUCACAAGGAAUACCAUCGGCGUCUAGGAGGAUGGUACAAAGUUUGAAGGAGAUAGUAAACGGAGUCCCGGAAGCGGAGAUCUACUCCACGCUAAAAGAUUGUAACAUGGACCCUAAUGAAGCCGUUAAUCGCCUUCUCUCCCAAGAUCCUUUUCAUGAGGUGAAGAGCAAACGAGAAAAGAAAAAAGAGUUCAAAGAUUCAACAGAACCAAGAACUCGUGGUGGUGGUGGUGGGACCUCUAACCGUGGGGGUAGAAGUGGUACAGACAGAUAUGGUGGACGUGGUGGCUCAAACCAUUUUAGCUCUUCUGAGUCUGGUGGAUUGUAUGGAAAACCAACAUAUAAGAGAGAAAAUGAGACAAGUUCUUUUGCAAGUUCAACCACAUCAGCAUCUAAAGUGGUCCCACGUAAUACAAGUUGGAAUCCUCCAAGUUUCAGUGCAUCCGAUAAUGCAUCAGUUUCAGUUUCACAGCCAUCUUCUGGCUACCAAUCUGCAUGGUCAGGUGCCCCUGGUCAAAAGUCAAUGGCUGACAUUGUCAAAAAGGGUAGGCCACAAAACAACCAACCACCACCACCACAAACCGCCAGUCACAACCAUGCUCCUCCACCUCCACCCGCAGUGUCCGACAACCAUGCUUCUUCUCCUGAUAAUGAAUGGCCCUUCAUUGAACAACCACAGCCUGUUAAUCUGCAUCCCAUUACAGAAUCCACUACAAAUUCUGAUCAAUCAAACAAGCAGUUGUUAGGGCAUGAGACCAAUGAGGUUGAGGUACAAGAUGAAAGUUCCUCAGAAGAUCAGAAUGAGGAUUAUGACAAUGAGAAUGAGAACGAGUCUCAUGAGGGUAAUUUAGACAUUUCACUAGAAGAAGAAGAAGAAGAAGAUGAUGAUGAUGCAACUGUGCCUAUAUCAUCAGUGACUGCAAAUAUACAUGAAGAAAAUCAUAUGAAUCCAGCUCCACCUCAAGAGGAUGAUGAUGAUGAUGAUGAUGAUGAUGAUGAUGUACCUUCUGUAGUCAUUCCAGAUCACCUGCAAGUCCAUACAGCUGAUUGCUCACAUUUGAGUUUCGGGAGCUUUGUAGCAAACAUGAACCAAGGGUAUUCUGGUCAUUUUACAUCUACAGCAGAUGUAGAGCCAGAGCCGGUUACCUCAUCUGUUGAGCACUCUGAAACCACAAACUUGGAGUACUAUGAAGAUAGAAGUAGAGCAGGAGGAAAUACAGAAAGUUAUGAUUUAGCUUCUGCUUCACAAACUGCAUUGAAACAAGAGGAUCAUCAUCAUCAUCAUCAUCAUCAUGAUCAUGAAGUGACACGUGGCAAUGAAUAUGGUUUCCCUCCAACAACAAACACGCAUACAUUCGAUUUCCCUCAAAGUCAAAUUUCCACUCCUUUUAUGAAUGCCAUGUCAGCAAACGGUCAUCCAAAUCCAGUAAGAGAAUCUGACCUGUCAUCAUACUCUCAGUUUUCACUUUCAGUCAGUCAAUCAAUGCCAAGUAGGUAUGCCAACUCAGCAUCCCCAAUCAACGAUCCAACCGUAUCUAUGGCCGAGGCUUUGAAGAAUGUGGGGCUGACAUCGCCAUCAUCAUCAUCAUCAUCACAACCAGCACAGCCACAACACACACCUGCUGUUCCACAGCACCUUACCAUGCACCCUUAUUCCCAACAUAACCUUCCUUUAGGAGGACAUUUCACCAACAUGAACAUGAAUAUGAAUAUGAUGAGCUAUCCUUAUUUACCCCAAAGCUACACAUACAUGCCAUCUGGAUUUCAACCUAAUACAUAUCAUCAACAGCUGGCAGCAGCCAUUCUUCCACAUUAUAAAAACAAUCUUUCUACCCAAUCUCCCACUCUUCCUUCCGGAUACGCAUCAUCUGGAAACUAUGAAGAUGUAUUAAACGCCCAUUACAAAGAACUCCAACAGAAUGAGUGGGCUCGUGGAGGUGGGUCCCGGUCAGCAGUUCCGGCCAACGCGUAUUACAGCUUACAGAGCCAGAACCAGCAACAGCCACAGCAACAGCAGCAGCCACAGCCACAGCCGCCCAGUGGGUUCCGGCAGCCGUCACAGGGAUACGGUGGGGCGGGUGUAAACUACCCGGAUUUUUUCCAAUCUCAGAUGGCGGGGGUAUCACAGGAACAGCAGUUACAGUUGCAAUUACAGUUACAGCAACAGCAACAACAGCAGAACCCUAGGGAUGGGGGUGGGUCCCAACAGAAACUUCAGUCGCAACAGCAGCUAUGGCAAAACGGAUAUUGAUUUCUGAUUACUGAUUACUGAUGAUGAUGGUUGUAUUGUAGUAGGAUUGUGGUUAGUGGACUUGGUUUUUUUUUUUUUGGGUAAUGGUUGGUUUUGGUGCUUAAGUUUUUAGUCAUUGUAACGUUUGAUGUUGAUGCCAAUGCGAGUGUCUCCCUAACCCCGUUUUUACUUCUUAUUAUAUCAAAGGAAUGUCAGAUCGGUUUCAA